AAAUCGUUGCAUUUAAAUGUAUCACACAAAGCAACAUGUCCAAGCUUUAUUUCAUUGUCUCCUUAGGGGUAUUUUUUCUAAUUUCCUAUGGUUCAUCAUCUUUGAUGCUUCCCUUGGAUGAUACUUACUACGUCUCAGAAUACAAAACCACUUUUCUUCAUGCUUUGGCCGGAUGUAAAAUGAUUGAUAUGGAUUUGCUUAGGAUUGAAACGGAAGCCGAGAGUCUCAAGCUAUACGAUUUAAUGAAUGAAACUAGUUUAGCAGUUUCUGGAAGAGCAUACUGGAUGGGCGGAGCCUACUUAAGCGAUGAUUCCUGGGCAUGGAUUGAGACAGGAGACGUACUCAAUUAUACGUUAUGGGGAAGAAAUGAACCUAAUAUGACGGGCAGUGGUACCCAUUGUCUUCAACUAGGGAAAAAUAAUAACGGCAAAAGCCCAAGAUAUUGGCAAUCCAGAUUAUGCACCACUUCCCGUUAUUACAUUUGCGAAGUAAAUUCAUAAGGAAAUACAUUAUUCAAUUAAAUGAAAAACAUUAAAUACUUAUUGCCAAAUUAA